UUCUGCCGCCAGGCUGCACUGUAGCCAUCAAGGGGUACGGACCGGGAGAUCCAACGGCACAGCCCUUCUGUUACUAGCCCAAUGUCAACGGUCUGUGCGCAGUCUCUUACUCUCUCAAAGAGAUCUGGUCGAAAGUGGAAAAGCCUGCCUGGAAAAGAAGAACGAGUUUUGCUUCUCCGUGCCUACUAGAACACACUUCGACAUCAAGACCUUCUCCAUUCGCCAUAUUCAAGUGGAGAGUGCAAAAAUGGCUCAGAUUCAGGUCCUGAUCUCAUUGGUUUUCCUUGCAUCUUUCGUUAACUUCGGCGAAUGCUUGCAGUGCCACCAGUGCACUUCCUUCGUAGAUGCCCAAUGUAACGAUCCCUUCCACUAUGAACCCGCCCGAGAGGGAGAGAAACCCAAGCCAAAGACUUUGGAGUUCCUGAAAGAUUGCCCCAAUGAUGGCAAGAACUACACUCUCUGCCGAAAGAUCUACCAACAUGUCCGAGAUGACGUCAGGAUCAUCCGCUCAUGUGGCUAUGAGAAAUACGAGAAAGGAGAUUGCUACAAGACCGUCUUGGAGGAGUACAACACGUACGUGUGUCAGUGCGAAGAAGAUGGGUGCAAUUCCGGACACAGUCUGAAGGUGCCGCUGGUGGUGUUAGCCGUAUCCGGCGUCUUGGCCCGUCUGUUUCACUAAUGAUGUGCUCGCAUGCCAUGCAGCAGGACUUUACGACAUUGAGAAUCUCCAUCCACAAAUUUUCAUGAACUGUGUGCGAAGUAGUACUGAAUAGGCUGAUCCGGACGAGCGUGUGGUUCCGGCCCAGCACGUGAAUGCUCAAAUGGCUUUUCGAAAUAAACGCGAAUGAGUAAAUCUAA